UCUGGCUCCACGAUAUAGCUCCGGCACAUCCCCUUCCCAGCCUAGCCGCGCCCCAAAAGAUUCCCCUACCGCUACCGCCCUCGCCCAGCACGCGACAAGUCCUUCACCCACCUCCCACAGCAGGCGCAUCCAGUGCCAUGACGUCUUCCUGACAUGUCGGCUCGCCAUUGCAACCCUCCUCCACCAUCGACCUGGAGGCCGCCAUGUCGCUUACGCCCUCCAAUUCCCGGAUGAGCCCAGCCAUUGGGGCCGCCAUCAAGCUCAAUCCCUCGCCCUCGCCCUUCUACAAGUCGGCCCCGCGCUCGCCCGUCAAGCAGGGACGCGCCGACGUCACCAUUUCCCUGCGCCAGGUCAUCGGCACCACGACAAACUCGCCCAAUGCCUUUGACAGCCUGCCCUCGGGCACCACGUUUGGCUAUGCCGCCGGCGCUGCCGCCGUCAUUGCCGCCAUAGACGACCACGGCCAUGUCACGCAGCGCUUCUACCGCGCACGCCCGGCCACCAACCCCAUCAAUCCCUCCGCCUCCAUCUACGGCGGCCCCUCGACGCCCAUGCAGAACGAGAGCCGCAACCGGACCACGCUCACCCUGCGCGAUGCCGGCUUCGGGGCCUCGACGCUCCCCGCGCCCGGCGCCCACGACUGGGCAGACUCGCCGACCAACAAAGCCUGGACAACCAGAGACAAGAUCAAGGCAGCAACCUGCGUCAGUUUUAGCCCAGACGGCAAAUACUUUGCUGUGGGCGAGACGGGAUACAAGCCGCGCGUGCUCAUCUUCUCGGCCUCCCCAGACGCCCCCUGCGACACGCCCCUCUCAUCGCUGACAGACCACACCUUUGGCGUCAACUGUGUCGCCUUCAGCCCCGACUCGCGAUUCCUCGCCAGUCUGGGCUCCGCCAACGACGGCUUCCUAUACAUCUGGCACAUCAACUCGCGCACCGGAGCCGCCACCCUCCAUGCUAGCAACAAGUGUGUCAGUCGCAUCAACCGCAUGGCCUGGAUGGGCAACAAGCUGAUUACCGUCGGCGUCCGCCAUGUCAAAGUCUGGAAAAUCGACGACCUCAACACCACCAUGCGAAUUGCAAAGGCGCGCCAGAGUGAUGCUUCGUUCCUUUCCAGCUCCAUUCACAAGACAUUACCCGGGCGCAACUGCAUCCUUGAAAGCCUAAGAGAGUCCACCUUUACCAGUGUCGUCGCCAUAGCCGAGGACAAGGCUAUUGUGGCCUCCGACAAAGGGGACAUAUGUCUCAUUGACGACUCCGAAUCAGACCAACGCUUCUCCAAGCUGGUAGACGCCGGAUUCGCUGUGAGCUCUCUCGCUGCCGACGUCAAAGGCCGCCUUCACGUCGUUGGUAGCCAAGGAGCACUCAAAACAUUCAACAUCAAUGAAAUUGCUGGGAUAUUGACCCCGCCACCGUCUCCCCCGCCGCCGGUGGAAUCUCCUACUGUUCCAGUCACGGAUUGCGAUCAAAUUGGCGUGAUUGGUUGUUUGAAAGACUACGUCGUCACAGUGGAUUCGCAGCGGGCCAUUCGACUAUCACAGCUGUGUUCUGAUGGCGAUGAUGCGGUUGUCGGAGAUGUCAUUCGCACCUUGUCUGCACACGGCAAGGCUGUGCUAGGGGUCCACGCAGAACUCACCCAGCCCAAUGUGUUUGGCGCGUCCUACUACACGUGGGCUGCCGACGGCACCGUCAUCUUCUGGAGCCAGGGUACGUACAAGGAUUCGCUUCAGGUCCAACUUGAACAGCUGGACGGUCCCGAAGCGGUUCCCAAUGAGCUGAGGACGGUGCGCACAACCGCCGACGGCGCCUUUCUGGUAGCAGGAGACAGAUUUGGCGUAUUGAGGUUCAUCAACUGCAAGACAAAGACUUGUACGUUGGAGUUCAAGGCACAUGCGAGCGAAGUCACUAGUAUUGCCAUCUACGAGGAUGCUCAGAUGGCAUUUGUCGCGUGUGCUAGCCGAGACCGCACCGUACAGGUAUUCAAGCGGGUCGGAGAAACUUGGGACCUGUUACAAACACUCGACGAGCAUGUCGGGUCCGUCAACGGCAUUACUUUUUCACGCAAUGGUACACGGCUGGUGUCUUCCUCUAGUGACAGGACCCUGGUGGUCCGCGAACUGUUGUCAUGCGAGGAUGACAGUGGAACCAAUCGCGCCUUCAUGAUGUCGCGAGCCAUUGUGCUGAAAGCCACUCCAGUAUCGACAGCAUGGGAUGUUGAGCAGGAUGAUGUCCUUCUCGUAUCAACCAUCGAUCGCCAAGUCCAUAAAUUUGACAUACAGACAGGCCAAUGUCUCAGCAACUUCCGGGCUUGCGAUACCGACGGAGGCGAUGCCGUUGUCUUGUCCUCGUUGGUUCACGUGUCCCGUGGCUGGGGCACCCCAUUGAUAGCCGGGGUGUCGAGCACGGACAAAUCAAUACGUGUAUACGAGGAGAGCGGUACCCUAGUUGCUCGUGAUUGGGGCCAUACGGAGGGUGUUUCUGACAUUGCGCUGGUACACACACCCGGGAGCCCGGCAGACGAGCCCAACGAAAAGUCGCUCGUCACUGUGGCAGUAGACGGGACUAUAUUUGUGUGGAGUUUGGGUCUUCCAGCACCACCUAAUCGUACCGAAACAUCGAAAUCUAUGGAUUUGCUCACUCCAAACACACCAUCGAACCAGGAGCUGCUUUCCAACAAACCACCUUUGCGGCGCGUAAUGUCACAAUCAGAAUUGGCACGUUACCAGCGCUCACAACAAGAGGCUGAGGCUACACCAAGUCGGAGCAAGUCGCCAAAGCUGCGAAAAAGAAUAUCAAAAUUCUCCCUGACGCCAACUCCGAAACUUGACCCUUCUCCAAUAACCAGCACUCCACGAGACGGACGGACAUCCGCCUGUCAAGAUAAGGGAACAAGCCGCAGAAACAAGCAUCGCUCUCCAUCACCCCAAAGUCCCAAAAACAACCAUAAAUCGAAGCGUCGCACGUCAGUCGAGCCCAGAAACCGCACCAGAGCCCCUGCCCAUGAAUUUGGUAGUAUUGGCGCGUCGACAGAGAGCCUGUGCAGAACGCUUCGGGCCUACAGGAAGCGUCUUGCGAAUUCUUCAGAUGACAUGAAUUCUGAGCUCGCAAAAGAAGUGGAAAGGGAGCUUGCUGUGACUGCGAGAGCCAUUGGUGACCGAGUCAAAACCAAGGCUUUUGAGGAGACGGUCAUGGUUAAGCUGCUAGACCAGUACUCGGAGCGGUUAGUAAACAUGCUGGAUGAAAAGAUUGCAGCCAGCGUGGCUCAGCGAGUUCGCGAGAGCAGCGUGGGCAACUUUUCGGACGGGCCAGACUCACCUCGCGCUGCUCAACGCCCCUCUGCAAGCAGAGCAGGCAGCGACGAUUUGAGAGGCUUUCGUGCAGAUUCGGAGUCGGGCACCGAAGCGCUGGACAGCACAGAAAAGCUGCUGGUCGAGUAAAGCUGCUGGAACCGGCUGGGUGUUUACAGGGGGGCAAGGUGGUAGGACUGGGAGGAAUACACACUGCACAUGAUGAACAAUGUGGCAGACGCGGCGUUGGAAGGAAAUCCACUGCUAACAAAACGGCGUUUUGGGAUAGUGAAAAUGCUCCUCAUGUUUGAGCACGACAAGGCGUUUGAAACAGGAAAUGACUGGCUUGGUCAUCUAUCACUUCCUCCUUCUCUGUCUAUAGUAUCAGUGCGUUUACAUAAUCGUAGUCUUUAGUUAUUUCCUUUGUCACAAC